AUGCAAGAUGUAAAUGCAAAAACUGCAGCAUCCGAAGAAGUUCUCUUAGCCAAGUAUAUCGCAGAACCAGCCCUUCCCCAAGAACUAAGAGAUUCUUAUUAUGAAUUCCAGCAACGUGCUAAUGAAUAUAUAUCUUCUGAGACAACUUCAACACUUGCCCUUUUAUCCAGCGCCAGCUCUCAAUUCACACUUGCCUCUGUUAUGGAAAUCAUUGCACCGAUAAAUAAUAUAAAGAAGUGUUUCCAUAGCUAUGGAUUGACAAAUGGAGAAGGAUAUGCUCGUACAUGUCAUCUGCUCAUCUUACAGGAUGACAAUCUCAAUAUUGACUGGUUUUUAGGUAUAGUUCGCCGUUGGUUGAGGUGGUAUAAAGAGUGUGACAACCAUGCUAUUAAGUAA